AUGGGAUCUGUCGUUCUUAAUCAAGUGCGGUCGGAUUUAGUCUAUAGCUCUUACACCCCCACCAUGCUGGGCGGCGCGGUCAAUAAUACAAGUCAAUCAACAACUCCCUCCGAUUCCGUGUACCGUCCCUCAGCUUCGUCAACAACCACCACAACCCCCACCACAACCUCCUUCACGGCCCCGCCGUCUACCGCUCAGUUGGCCUCCCAACCGUCGAAUUAUGUGCCUGCCUAUGUUGACGCGCCAGUCUCCCAAUCUCACCACCAUCAUCCCCACUACCAUCAACAUCAGUCUUCCUCCUCUUCCUUAAGGCAGACUUCCCAUCCGUCAUCGAUGACCUCCUCCGCCCCCGCCCCCGCCGCUGUCGCCGCCGCCCCCGCCAGCCAGGCCAACUCGCCCGACUCCCCUCGAUUACAACCCACCUUCCGCUCUUUCCGAUCCCUCGGCGGCUCCGAGGCCACUUCUCCUAGCCGUAUCAAAGUCCGCGAUCUGUCACACAUUCAGAGUUUUGCCAGCGAGGAGUUCUUGUCUGCCGCCCACCCCCCGCAGAGCCCAUGGGCCCAGGAACGCCAGUAUGAGAUCAGCUCCAUGCCCGUCCCCGACAUCAUCGAGAUGGUCGCCGGUCUGCUCACCAAGAUCACGGCCACCAACGAUAUCCAUCACGAACAUGUCCACCGUAAUAUCCCGCCGCCGGACGGUACCGCUACCCUGAGCCCACAGGCAACAAGCGUCCUCGCCUUCCACGGCAAGAAUGUCCCCAGCAUCACCAUCCUGAGCUAUUUGACUCGUAUCCACAAGUACUGCCCCACCACCUAUGAGGUCUUCCUCAGUCUGCUCGUCUACUUUGAUCGUAUGACGGAGAUGGUCAACCGCGGUCACCUCGAGCGUCUACGCCGCCGCGCCCACCGACCUGCCACUGCCCCCAGCGGUUCCGCAUCCCCGGCCAUCCGACCCGCGCCCACAUCCUCCGCCUCUUCACUGUCAUCCUCUUCAUCCUCACCCUCACCUUCGUCGGCCUCCAUGGUAACCCCACCCCUCUCCUCCACCGAUCGCCCCGGUUCAGCGACCAGUUACCCUGCCUCUCUCGAGGAUGACGAUAGUCUCUCGCAUUUCUUCGUCGUCGACAGUUUCAACAUUCACCGCUUGGUCAUCGCCGGCGUCACCUGCGCGAGCAAAUUCUUCUCGGACGUCUUCUACACCAAUUCGCGAUACGCAAAGGUCGGAGGUCUCCCCUUGGUCGAACUGAACCAUCUCGAACUACAGUUUCUCCUAUUGAACGAUUUCCGACUCGCGGUUCCCGUCGAAGAACUGGAAGCCUACGGGACCAUGCUGGUCGAGUUUUAUGCGCGCGAGAUCGUCGCCCAGCAACAGCACCAGCAGCAGCUGGUAGCGGCCCCCAUCCCCGUGAAUCCGUCCAUGGUCAACGACUCGUCGGAGGGCAUGUACAUGCGUCGGGAUAAACCCCAGUCCGAUCCGGCCCAGGUACAACAGACACCCACGCCGCCGUGA